CUGGCUGUUAUUGUGGAACUCUUGGGCGUGGUGCACAGUGACAUGUACUGUACAUGUACAUGUAUUUGCUUUACAGUGUUUGCGUAAUCACACGUAAAGGGUGUACUCUGUCUUCAUUUAUAUUCGCAUUCCAAAUGGAGGUACAAGUUAGCCGAAGAAAUAUGCUAGAUUCAAGACAUGAAAUGCAAUCAGUAACUUGACUGUAUGGAGCUGGGGACUUCUUUACACCACCACGGUUCACGGUUUCUUCAAUGAAGACCACGUUUAUAACGUCGGAAUUUACAUGCUCACUCAUCGAAGUCCCUCAGUCACCGUAGGAAAAUAUUUCGAUUGGAAAAUACAUGCAUUUGGAAAAUCAUAUGGUAAGUAUUGACCGCUCCUUUAGCGGGGCCCAUUGGCAGAAAGCUCGGUCCAAGACCCGUUGUCAUGGUAGCCGGUGGAUUCGUCUGCUUGGGAUUCGUCACUACGUCACUAGCAUCCAGGGUCCUACAGGUUGUGCUGUACGUCGUUUUUCUAAUUGCUGUGGGACAGGGGUUUGCCAACGUCCUGACACGUUCAUCACUUGGUGCUCAUUUCGACGUAAAAGGUUUCGCAAUGGCGUCAGGAAUUGCAAGGAUUGGUUCCUCUCUUAGUCUCAUCUGUUUCCCGCCUCUAAUGCAGCUUUUUAAAACCACGUACGGAUGGAGAGGGGCCAUGCUUCUCCUAGGAUCUAUUGGUGCUCAUAUCACCGUAAGCGGCGCCCUGCUGAUACCCCCAUUAAGCUUACGUAGAACCGGGUCUCAAACUAGAGAUGGGUACCAGAUUCUUCCGGAUAGGUCCCCUGAGCACCAACAAGACGGCGCCUGUAUUCUGGCGUCGAUAAAACCGAUCUGUGUGAAAAUAGAAGGUGUUUUUGACCUUUCGUUAAUGAAAACACUCAACUUUUGGAUCGUUGCUCUGAUUUCGGUGACUACUCGGUUGAAUCAAUCAGCAUGGUACAUUUAUUUUGUUCCACGCACCGUUGCCAUCGGAUUCUCUUACGAAGAAGCCACAAUUAUGGUGACAGUCGCUGCACUCUUCCAGCUGGUAAUCACCUUGCUUGGCAGUGCAGCUGUGUACACGGAGAAAGUACAGGUCACCAGCGUUAUGACAGUAAGUGUCACUCUUGUUGCUGUCGCCUUCUUUGUUGACCCCUGGACGACCUCGUGGUGGUCGGUGUCUGCUAACGCCGCCCUCUUUGUGUCCAGCAUGGGGCUGGUGUUUAACUUGGCUGAAAUCAUGGUGAAGGAGUUCAUCGGUGUGGAGAAGAUGGCCAAUGCUCUCGGCUGGAUUGGAUUCCUGUCAGGAACAGUGCGCCCUCUCGCAGGAUUCAUUCCAGGCUGGAUUUACGAUAACACUGGGGGUUAUGGCAAAGCUUUUUGCAUCCUGGGCGCCAUGCAGAUAACGGCACUGGUGCCUCUUGUUAUCAAAAGACUCAAACAGUAGCCCUUCUUGAAAUCCAAGUUGGGUAUAACAGCAAGCUGCAGAGCCAACGGAGACAGGGCUUGAGUGACGUAGACUGUGGGAACAACAAUGCUCACUUGAAGCUGUUGUCACGCUUGGUGAUUUUUUUAAAUUAUUUUAUUAUUAUUAGUGGUUAAAAUUUCCCAUAUAAAUUGGUUCUCUUAUGUGACACUCCUUCAUUCGACGUACACGAUACCUUCCAGCAAAGUUUGUUGCAUGUGUUUGUGGUCCGUGUGGUUUAUAUCUUUAUAUCAUUGUUGGGUGUAUUUAAGGUAUGUCUUAAACCUUUGUUACCAUGCAUAAAUCCCUGGGGAUGGGGGACAUAUCGACUCCCCUUUAGUCUUUUGACAUGUUUUUUGGAGGAUGUAUAUAAUAUGUUUUGACAGAUUUCUAUUUGGUAGACCACAGAAAACCAGAAUUUGCAUGGUGACCUUUGAUGACGUUUGGCCAUUUUGAGAUAUAAGUGAGAAUUUCCUUCAGCUAUUUUGAUCAAACUUCCAAAUGAUGUAAAACUUUCUACAACUAUUGGUGGCGCUGUUUGAACAUUGAUAUUGCAAAAUUGAAAGCUUUUAUGGAUUUUUAUUUAAAACACGGUUUCUUGCAAGAAUAGAAAUUAAAACCUCAUUAAAUCUGUAACAUUAUUGAAAAAGUAACUCAAUCAUUUGUCUGUUUGUGGGAAAACAUUAUAUUUUUAAGUUUGUCAUAGCUACCCAAUGUGAAGUGAGUCGAGUUAUACACAUGUAAACAAUGUAAAUUGCAUGCUGAAGAUCAUGUUUUCGCUGAUGAUGUUUGCUGGAAAACUUUGUGUAAGAGUUUACAGUCGCCCAAAUAUGACACGAGUGAUUUGAUAAGCAUCACCAGCAGGUUUGGGAUUGUAGGUUUAGGUGUUGUAUUUUGCUCACAAACUAAUGUUAUUGCAUAGGUUGUUUCUGAUUGAAUAUGUUCAGUACAGCAUGCUCAAUGUACGUGUAAUUGUGUGGCGAUUUUAAGAAGUGUAACUUAAAAGUCUAUUCGGCCUUACUUUGUGCGAGUUGUCAAGGCGUGUUGCUUGUUUCCACUGGAAAGUGUGACGGAGGUACUUUUAUUCAUUAUGCAAUACAGAAAACAAUCCUACAUCCUGCCUCCAAUUUUUUCAUAUCUCAUAUUUCAGUUGCAGAAAUGCCAAAAAGACAUGAAUCUACGACAGAUGUUUUCCAAUUUUGAAAGCAUUUGUUAAUAUGCACAAUUUUGGAGUCACAGUUCCAGAAAUUGGCUUUUGUUGCAAUAA